AUGCGAAUCCUUCUUAUUUUAUCCCUUUUGCUGGGAGUGCAGGGCUCCCCUGUGCUCAGCGCCUCCACUAGCAAUCAAUGGCUGAUCACGGCCAACACGUCUAUAUUCUGGCCCACGUCCACUGAUUACUUCUACGGGCCCACCGACGGUCCUGGGGCUUCGAUCGUGACUUGCAAUGCCGAGUGGAUUGAAUAUGACGCUCGCUCCAGCGAGCUGAGAUCUCUGGGUCCGACGGCCACGACGACGUCCUUCGGCUCUUACCCCAGUAGCUCCGGCGCCUGUCGCACCUCCAGAUCAGCUGAACGUUGGUCCGACACACAUACCGGGCCCUUGACAACCCUGUGCGAUGGGUUUCCGCGCGCCUUGGGCGCGCGCGAGACGGCCACGGGCUACUAUCCCGGCACCGGACCCUGCAGCUCGUUCGACGUCACCUACAGCGAAAAGAGUACGCUGUAUCGAUCCCCUUCCCCCGUGCCAACCUGCACUCUGCAAGAAGAGGACUGCGUGGCCAUCUGGGAGACGUACAGUAGUAGCUCCAGUGCCUGGCGCGAAUCCGUCAGCACGUCGAGCACCGGCGACACGCGCAGCCCCAUCCCGCCGUGGUCUUGCCCGACGCCGGCGAGGGAGUAUCCCGAAGAAAAUCCCUGUUCGGCCUGCCAUUUCCUGCCCGACACGGCUACUGUCUUCUACUGGCCGGUCGAGACGGCCGGUGGCGACCUGUGCCUGCAGAACGGGACCACGAUCGAGGCCACGCGCACUGCGCCUCCGGCCGCCAACACGGCGGUGGUGGACGGCCACACGAUGGAGUCACCCAGCGUGUACAUCUCCUUCACCUCGAUCUAUGCCUGGAGCAACCGGCGAGGGCACCCGGGCCAUCAGUGCGGCGAAUAUCACUCGAACGAAUUGAUCGCGGUGCACCCUACGGACGUGGUGUCGAUGCGCGGACAUCGCAACGCCAAAUAUCCUGCCAUCGGUGAAGAAUAUCCCUUCAACUUCGCCGAAUUUGUGCCGCAGACGCUUGGCGAGUACACACAGACGGUUGUGCCCUGGCCGCAGUACCGCGGCGGCUCGCAGUGUCCCCUGGCCGACGGCAACACCUGCACGAUGGUGCGCGACGACUACGUGCCCUGGAUGCAGCUGCCGGAGGCAGUGCGCCAGAUCGAUCCGUCGUGGAGCGUCUGUCAUCGCAGCUGGUACAUUCCGCCGGUGACCCUGGUGCCUCUGGUUGACGGCACCGCCAGCUGGACUCCGGCGCCGCCAGAUCCCACGGACUUUCUGGACUUGCAGAUGCAAGCCGUGCCCCAUUCAGCCGUGGCUAUGGCGACGCCGACUCCGACCAGCGAGAAAGGGUGGUAG